AUAUGGCUUAAGGAAAAGGAAGAUUAAUACAUAGUGAUGGUGAUGUAUUUAUAGGAAGAUGGAGAGAAGAUAAAGCUAAUGGAAAAGGAAAAUAUUUACACACAGAUGGUGCAGUAUAUUAAGGAGACUGGUAAGAUGAUAAAUAACAUGGGAAAGGAGUAGAAGAAUGGCCUGAUGGUGCUAGAUAUGAAGGAGAUUAUUUUGAAGGAAAAAACAUGGAUGUGGAAGAUUCAAUUGGUCUGAUGGUUCUACUUAUUAUGGAGAGUUUAUUAAAAAUAAUAUUCAUGGAAAGGGAACUUAUGAUUGGGCAGAUGGCAGAAAAUAUGAAGGAUAAUGGAAAAACAAUAAAAUGGAAGGUUAAGGAAUUUUUUCUUGGAGUGACGGUAGAAAAUAUGAAGGCGAAUAUAAAGAUGAUAAAAAACAUGGAUAUGGAGUAUUCUAAUGGCCAGAUGGAAGAAUUUAUAAAGGUUAAUGGGCUAAUGGAAGAUAACAUGGAAGGGGUAUAUAUAUUGGAUCUUAAGGAACUGAAAAAGAAGGAGAAUGGGUAGAUGGAAAAAGAACAAAAUGACAAUAUAUAUGUUUUUGGAGGAAAAAAUACUUACGAAAUAGAAAAUAAUUUAGAAGUUUAUGAUUAUGAUAAUUAUGUUAAUUAAAAUUUAUAAACUAUGUUUGAAAAAAGAUGCGAUUUUGGGUAUACAUUAGGAAAAGAUAAUAAAAUAUAUGCAGUAGGAGGUUUCGGAGGAUAAUAUAAUUAAUGUUUAAAUAGUGCUGAAAGGUAUGAUAUAAAAAAAAAUUCUUGGGAAUUAAUUCCUUUUAUGAAAUAAGCCAGAAGAGAAUGUGUUAUGGUAACUUUACAAAAUGGAAUUUAUGUAAUAGGAGGAUUUGAUGGUAGUAUUUACUUAAACAAUAUUGAAAAAUUUAAUGAUUAAAAUAAUUAAUGGCAAUAAAUAAGUUGUAUUAAUUAAAGAAGAUGCUCUUUUAGUGCUGUAGUAACUAAUGAUUAAAAAAGCAUAAUUAUUUUUGGAGGUUUUAAUAAUAAUCCAUUAGAUAGUGUAGAAAUAUAUAAUGUAUAUGAUAAUAAAUGUUAGUUUUUAUAAAAUAUGCACAAUUAAAGAUAUAUGCAUAAUUCUAUAUAAAUUUAAGGUUAAAAUUUAGUAUGA